GGAGAUCGCAACAGGAGUUUUUGCGCGGGCGAGCGCGCUCACGCGCAGCGAAAGAGGGAAGACGGCGCCAGGGCAAAGGUUAGAGUCGUGUUGAUUGGAGACGGGAAGGAACCGCGCACAAUAAAAAGGGAGGAGCUACGAUUUUUUCCAACAUCUGGCGCGCGAUUGCGAACACCACAUCUGGAGCGAUGCCAGAAGUGGGGGUCGCGGCGACAGCGCCAACCGAUACCGCUGCCGCCGCCAACACCACCGACAGCGCCACCCAUCCAGCGGAAGUAGGCUGCAACGACGACAAGCAAGGGAGCUCUUUGCCAACGGACUCCGAGAUGAAUAGCCCCACCAGGGACCUCAUGUCUGAAGGAGAGGGGCAGCAUGGAGGACAACAACAACAACGGCGCCAUGGCGGAGACGAUGAUGACAGGGGGCAGGAGAAGGGCGGUUCAAAUGAGGAGCAUAAGGCAGGAGAAUCGACGGCCGGGCCGAACGAAGCGGCAGCGGGAUCGAAAGAAGCGACGGAGGAACCGAAAGAGGCUACUGAGGAACCGAAAAAUGUGGCUGAGGGAUCGAAAAAUGCGGCGGAGGGAUCGAAAGAAGCGACUAAGGAACCGAGAGAUGCGACCGAGGGAUCGAAAGAUGCAACUGAGGGAUCGAAAGAUGCGGCUGAGGAACCAAAAGAUACGGCUGAGGAACCAAAAGAUACGGCUGAGGGAUCGAAAGAUGCGGCUGAGGGAUCGACGGAAGCUUCAGAGGGACCGAAAGAAGCGACAGCGGGAUGGAAAGAACGUGCCGAGGGAUUGAAAGAAGUGACGCGGGGAUCCAAACAAGCGUCUGAGGGACCGAAAGAAGCGGGGGGUGGAUCAACAGCGAUGGAGGAACGGAAAGAGGCGACUGAGGGACCGAAAAAAGAAGGCGCCCAGGGACCGAAAGAAGGGGCCGAGGGAUCGAAAGAAGCGACGAAGGGAUCGAAAGAAGCGACUGAAGAACCUAAAAAAGCGACGGCAGGAACGGCCGCGCUAGGAAUGGAGAUGGAAAUUGACGACCCACCUGCUGCUACCCCUGCCCAAUCAAAGAAACGCCGCCGAGAAGACGGGCCAGAAGAAGACCCUAGCGCCGGGGCAGUUGAGAAGGCCUCAGGAGAGAGCGACGCUAGCAUGGUGAUCGAGGCCGGCGGCGCCGGGGCUCAAGAAAGCGAGCGGGACUCGCGGCGGCCAGGCCCGGAAACGCCCAAGCCACUGGAGGACCCGAAGGUGGACGAGGUCGUGUCGCAAGACCUGGCCACCCAGGAGAUCAAGCGUCGGCAGCAGCCGCGACCGAACGGCGGCGGCAAGGCCGAAGGCGAGGAGAAGAGCGGGCUUGGGAAACUGGGAAAAGAACGGACUUCAGCUGGCGGCAGCGAGCCGCAGACAGCGGGAAGCAAGGGCAAACAAGAUCCCCCCCCGAAAGUCGGCGGCAGCGGCAAUGCCGCCGGGGAAUCAUCAGGAGGGGAUGAGGGGGUCAGGGCCGAGGGUAAAUCUACAAAGCCGAACGGCGUGGCGGUAGCGGGUGCGGCAUCGUCAUCGCCAUCCAAGGCUGCCGGUGCCAUGCCGCCGCCCCUGCCGAAGUCGUCCGCGGUCGAUCUGCCUUCUUCUACUUCCUCUCUGUCUUCUUCGGGACCAGGAGAAUCACCUUCGUCCACCAGCGACAGAAAAACAGCGGUUAAGGCGCGCAGCAGCGAAGGAGCGAGGCCGGGACCCGAAGCCAGGAAGGAGACCAAGAGGCAGGCUGCGAAGGGAGAGGGGAAGGGGAAGGGGAAGGGCGCGGAGGAAGGAGCGGGAGAGGAGAGACGCACCAUCAGCCAGUGUCCCGACCACGCGCUGCCGGUGGCCCGGACGUUCUUUGACUUUGAGGCCGUGAGCGACUUGGAGAUGAGGAUGCUCCCGGAGUUUUUCACCGGCCGGAGUGCGUCCAAGACGCCGGAGAUGUACAUGCAGUCGCGGAACUACAUGGUCCGGUCGUACCAACGCAUGCUGGAGGUCGACCCGGAUGGGCAGGCGUUUCUGACGGGGACAGAGUGCCGGCGAAAGCUGGCCGGAGAUGCUUGCUCCAUCUUACGGAUACACGACUUCCUCGACCGUUUCGGCCUCAUCAACACCCGUGCAGUCGGUCAGCGCCCGGCUUCCUACUCCAUAGCGCCGCCCGCCACGCACCUGUGGAACCAGACCCCUCGGUCCGCGGGGCCCCCUCCUCCCACCCGCCGAGCAGCAGCAACAACGGGCGGACACGGUGGCGCUUCUGCUGCUGCCGCUGCUGCUCCAACGACGACAACCGCAGAGCGGGGGGUUGGGCGGGGAGACGGGGGAGGUAAGCCGGGAGCGCUGCGGGCGCAGCAGCGGGCCGGCCUGGGCUCCGGGGCCGGCGGCGGCGGUGGCGACGAAAGGGAGUGGCGCCGGGAGGAGCUGGUUCUCCUGAUGGAAGCGGCGGUCGCGAACCCGAACCGGUGGGACGCCGUGGCGCGCCAGGUCGCGGGAGGGCGGACACCCGUGGAGUGCAUGCAGCGGUUUCUCAGCCUGGCCGUCGAAGAUGUGGUCCAGGGCAACGAGAAGCUUCCGGCGGCCGUGCCGGCGGCGGCGGCGGCUUCCGCUGGGACAGGGGCUUCAGUCGAGGAGGCGGCGGGCUCGACAGCGGGGGCGGGCGGCGGGGGCGGCGCUGCUGCUGCUGGCCAGCAGACCGCAACCGCUGGCGGCAGUAGCAGCAACGGCAGCAGUGCUGGUGCAGCAAGUGGCGAGGGCAAGGACGCAGGUACCAUCCCCGAUCAAGGAGGCUCGCAGAAUCGACCGAACCAGCAGCAACAGAGACCGGACUAUUUGGGCCCAGAGGUGCCCGCGCUGGUGCUCGCGUCGGCGCUUGUCUCUAGCGUCCACCCGGAGGUGCUCAAGGCGGCGAUGUCCGCCGCCGCGGAGGCUGCCGACGCCGUCACCGCUGCCGCCACCGCGAACCACGACAGGGAUAGGGGUUUCCCACCCGCCGGGGGUAGCGGCGGUGGAUUUAGAGCAGGCGUACCGGCGGCGGUAGAAGAGAGCGGCAGCAGACCAGGGGAGGAGGACGGUGACCUCGAGAUGCCAGACGUGAAGGAUUUAGCCGGGCCGGCACCCAGAAGCCGGCCAGGAGAACCACCGGCAGUGGACACGGCGCCUGUCGCCGCGAACGGCGGCGGGGCAGGGGCAGGAGAGGAUGGUCGUGUCGCUGUUGGUGGUGCCCCGGGUUCACGAGCGGCUAGGGGUUGUGCCGGUGGUAGCAGCAGCGCCUCCCUGAGCAGCAGCGCCGGUGGGCUUGAGCUUGCGACCGCCGCGCGGGCGGCGGUGCUCUCGGUGGCCGGGCUGCAGGCCCGCGGCUUGGCGGAGCAGGAGGAACGGCGAACGGAAGCGCUCCUCGCGGACCUCCUCGAGGCCAGAGUUCAACGGUUGGAGGCGAAGCUGCACUGCUUUGAUGAGCUCGACCAGGUGCUGGAGACGGAGCGUGCGUGCCUGGAACACGACCGGGCCGAGCUCGUUUUCGAGCAGGCUAGGUCUAUGCUGCCCAAGUGAAACUGCCGCGGCGCCGGCUUGGGAGCUUUGAAGACUUUACGCCCCACGGCUAGUCCAAACAGUUUUUGUUAUUACAAACGGUGCUUGUUGCCUCGUCGUGCAAGGCGCGUGCGGCUAGAUUGCAGCUUCGCAAUACAGCGCGUGCGUCGUGAGGCGCGACAGAAGAACGCGUGUGAUAGGCAUGCAACAAUUCAUGCUGGUUGAUGGGGGAGGUGUUUAGUUUUUCCGGUCUCUUCCUCUAAUCAACUUGGAUUGAUGUUGGCUUGGUCCAUUGGAAAAAUCUGUUUUACGUAGUGACUCGAUUUGACCUCUUCUUUUUUGUGUCCUUGACGGGGCCCGUUUUCUUCCUGUUUACGUCAACAACUACUGUUUGUGGCCAUCUCGGAGGAGCAGGAAAUUGUCGCCGACAAGCAGCACGCUUGUGACUUGAGUUGCGCUCCGCGCUUGGGUCUGAAAGCUUGAGCCAGGGCGAUGCGCGGCGUAAAAAAAGAGCCUUGCCUCCUGCCACUCUCGUCCUUGUCGCUGUGCUUGCAUCCCUCGACAUGGAAAUUUCGUUUUGUUUGUUGAAACCCCAACCUUUCGUCGGUGACUGUACGUAUGUCGUUGUUUUGUUAUUUUUUUCCGGGUUCCGGUUGCAAGAUAGACGUACGGGGGGCCCGCGGUUGUUGCAGUCGACCCCACAUGUGUCCAGGAAUAUCUGUCUAUUGUCAUUGUGACGACGUCCUCCCUGCAAACCAGUCUUGUUGAUUUGUUGCAUUCGUCGGUGUCAAUGCGUCCUCCUGCUCUUGUUACUUGCGACCGGCACGGCUCGUGAUGGCCUUCAAACCGGUUGUUGUUUACGUCGCCUUGCCCUUGUAUGUGUGCGUGUCUGGGCGGUUGACGGGGCGACCGCCCGUAUGUAGGGGGAAAAGGGGCGUGGUUCUUGU